GUUAAGUUAGGCUGCGCAGUUUCCGUGCCUCUUUCAAUCGAUCCUCUCCUUUUCACCCAGAGGAAAGAUUGAUAUGGAUCGAGAUCGAGAUUAAAAAGCUUGUGUAUGCUUUACAAUGGCAGCGUCUGCAGAAACGUUGAUCUCUGACCAACAUAAACUAAUUGAAGAUGAGUGGACAGUCGUUCUGCCACGUCGCAACAAUCAAAAAAGAAAGUUCCCCAAGCUUAAACCUGCAAUACAACAACAAACACAUUGGACUCCUGCUGAUCUUGAAACCACCCCGGAAAGAGAACUUCAGUUGAUACAAAAGAUGCAAAACUCCAUCGAGAAACUAGAGAAUUCUCGGUUCUUUAGUGUUUUUCUUGAUCAAAUCCAAACUUCUGAAGCUUCAAACCAUUUUGAUAACCUUACUGGAUCAGAACACAAGUUAAAGAUGGUCAUUUAUGGUAUUGGUAGCAUUGAAUCGUUUGAAUCACCUCGGUUGCAGCUUAGUCUUGCGAUUCUUAUGAAGAGGAAACUUGAUUGGAUUGGAGACAUGGAAGUGUUUGAUCCAGUUAUUUCAUUGACUGAAUCUAAGGUUAUGGAACAUCUCGGGUGUAGUGUUCUUUCGGUUAAUGAACAAGGUAGGAGGCAAGCUGUGAAUCCUAUCCUUUUUUUUAUGCCCCAUUGUGAAGCCGAGCUAUACGACAAUCUUUUAAAGACCAACUGGAGGUACGACAAUCUAAACAAAAUCAUAUUAUUUGGCAAUAGUUUUGAGAAAUAUGAGCAACAUGGAUCUAUGCUUGGGAACCCAGCUUUGCUUGAUUCAAGGAAACAUAUACUUGCCAUACAACCAUUCACAAAAGAGUUUGAGAUUUGUACUGUCUCGGAUGAUUAUUAUCGAGCCUUUCAGGGUUCAAGUUGGCAUUUUUUUAGUGUCCAACCCGACACAAACUUGCAAUUAGCAUUCUAAAACAGCAUAUUGGGUGUUAGACCGUGUAAUAGAUGAUUGAAUACAUAGAUUAUGUGCAUGAUUCAGCAUUUAUGUUAUUUACAAUGUCUUGGAUCUUCUGCAAAUGGUAGCUACACCACUUUAAGUUGUAACUUCUGGUUCGAAGUCCACAUUUGGCUUAUAUUAUUUCUUAUUCAUUUCUUUA